ACUGUUCUAACAGUGCGCGCCCAUUGUGUUUGUGCCUCUGUAGCAGCCCUGCCUUCAUUGCUUUGACGGCCUGACUUAGGAGUGACAGAGCAACCGCCUGUCACCAUCGUGAGUAGAUGAUAAGCCAAAAAACAACACAUUGCGUAGAUAAUAUCUAGUGAAAUAUUACUAUCUAAAGUUAUUCUAUAAAGUUAAUUUGUUAAAUCCUACUUUGAUCCUAAACUAUAUUUGAUCCUAAGGACAAGUGAAAUCAGUGCCUAAUACUACAGUGCAAGUACCCUUCGGUUCGCAGAGUGCAUAACCUAUGAUUCCUAAAGCUAAACCGAAACGCUACUAGGAAUAUAUACACCACCCAAGACCCUCCGGAUUACACUAGGGGAACUAAACGUAAGUUAAAUUUACUUAUAUGAAAUGCGCUAUGCGAAUUAUGUUACAAACAGAAACUUAUAUCUACAUUAUGCUACAAAGUUAUAUGUUUAAUUACCAAUCAUUCCUGAAUUGUAAACUUAAAAUUACACCCUCCUUCCUCUCAUCCUCAUUAUUAUGCAGGAAUUUAUUAAUCUUCCGAAUAAAGAGCCGUGGAUUGUUCAUUGCUCCGAAGAUUAAUUUAACGGAAAGAGACCCCCUUUCAGUCUGGGUGACUAAUUGUUGAAACGAACUUCGACAAAUUAAUAAAUUCGUUUAAACGAACGAUGUCUGGUCGUAAAAGUGGGAAAGAUGGCAAAAGCGGUUCGAAGGGCGCACGGUCGAAAGAAAAGCAGUCAGAAGUGGUCUAUGUCAGUGGUGGUGGUAAUAUAGUGGUGGUGGUCACGGACGAAGAAAAGGAUCUGGCAGGAGUUCAAAAGGAUGACCAAGUCGCAGAACAGAGCUGUACGUUCUGCCAGGAGGAAGACAACGACAAUAUGGUGCAGUGCGACAAGUGCGAUAGAUGGAUCCAUUUUGCGUGUGUCGGCGUCACAGAAGAAAUCGCAGAUAGGAGCUGGAGUUGUCCCAAAUGCGUUGCUGCAACCGGGGUCCAGCAGCCUUCUUCUUCUACUACAAAUCGCCCUCCAGCUGGAUCGUCAACUUGCGCUGAACAACAGAAGUCAGUCACUUCCAAGCAGUUUAUCUCCAAACGUACACCUGGACCUGGAACCAGCGGACAUGAACGUGGCAAUACGGUAUCGGAGCCGGCGAGAAAACUGGUUCCUAGCAACCGGGUCGCUCAUCGCGGUAAAUCCACCGCUUCGCAGGCAUCUUCGUCAUCACGCAGAUCCAUCCUACACUUACAGCUACAGCGGCUCGAGGAAGAGCGGGAAUAUGAAAAGGUACAAGCAGAGAAGCACCGUGCCUAUCUGGACAGGAAGUACGAAUUAUUGGAGCAGAUGCACAGUCGAACCGGAUCUGAGUGCAGUGAAUCCGAAGAUCGUGUUAGACAGUGGGUUCAAGAUACCAACAAUAUCCGCGUAGAAGAUGCAUUGGAUCCUCAGAGCGCGGAAGUCUUUGAUCCGCAGAGGCAUUCGACACAGAACUACUCUGGUAGGGCUCAAGUUGGUUCUUCUCCAUUGGUGGACCGGUCCUGUAGAAACCAGAACCGAAUUGAAGAAGUACAUGAGCGAUGCGAUCGUCGCCGGGAACCUCCCGUCCAACCUUCGUCGAUUGGCAGGAGUUUUGUGGAACCAUAUGGACAACGAAGUCAGCAGCAAAGAAGGACUUUUCGAGAAGCAGAUUUUCAAUCUGGGAACCAUGAAGAAGAUUUCGAGCCCUGUUCGUUUUCCCGUCAGCAAUUGGCAGCUCGUCAAGGGAUUUCUAAAGAUUUACCCAAGUUUUCCGGAGAGUUCGAGGAAUGGCCAGUGUUCAUGUCAAUGUUCAACAGCACUACGAACAUGUGCGGCUUUACGAAUGAGGAGAACCUUAUCCGGCUCCAGAAGUCUUUGGAAGGGAAGGCGUAUGAAACGGCGCGGAGCCUACUAAUGCAUCCGUCGAACGUUCCGGCGAUUAUGCGUACUCUAAAAAUGAGAUUCGGUCAACCUGAAGCUGUUGUUCACUCCCUGAUUCAGAAGGUGAAGGCCCUUCCAGCGAUUCGGGAGGAACGUCUGGAGACGUUAGUGGAGUUCGCAGUUAACGUUCAAAAUUUUUGCGCCACGGUAGACGCGUACGAACUGGAGGACUAUAUGUAUAAUGUGUCUCUGCUACAUCAGCUGGUAAAUAAGCUCCCGGCCACGUUGAAACUAGAUUGGGCCAGGCAUCGACAAAACCUCCAGCGGGUCAACUUGGCGACCUUUGGGAAUUGGGUAUAUUCGUUGGCCGAAGCAGCUAGCACCGUCGUUAUUCCGGUCGAUUCAAAGGAGUCGAAGCCAACGCGAAACGAAGGACGAGGAAACAAGAAGCCGAACGCAUAUGUAAACGCACACUCUGAGACUGUAUCAGAAUCCAGUCAUCAUCUAAAAACCGUAGACUCCGAUGGAGACCAGGGAGAACACAGUCGGGCACUAGACUCAAAACCACCGGCUCCCGGUUCAGUGGGGUGUGUGGUGUGCAAAGGAGGAUGCCAAAACGCCUCCAAGUGCAAGCAGUUUCUGGAGCUGUCCCGCGAAUGCAGGUGGGCAAUUGUAAGAGAAUUUAAACUCUGCCGAAAUUGUCUACGUCGGCAUAAAGGAGGAUGCGACGCAAAACCGUGCGGGCGAAAUGGAUGCACAUACAAACACCACGAGCUGCUCCAUAGGGAUCAGAACAUCCAACAACUCUCUGGCCAAACCACACAAGAGUCAUCUACGUCUCGAGCACAGGUAUCCAUGCAACCAGAAUCUGCGGCACAGAUACCAACGCACGACUGCAAUACGCAUCAAGCGAGGUCAAAUGCAGUCCUAUUCCGCUACCUACCCGUGAUACUCAGCGGACCUCAAGGCUCCAUCCACACAUACGCGUUCUUGGAUGAGGGAUCGCAUCUAAGUUUGAUAGAUCAAGAACUGGCGGACCAGCUCAAAUUAAAAGGUGCAACGAUGCCGCUGUGCCUUCGCUGGACAGGAGGAACACAGCGAUGCGAAAAUGAUUCGCAAUCGGUUACCUUGGAGAUUUCAGGAACGAGCAAGGCAGCAAAGAAAUUUCAACUAGCCGGAGUGAGAACAGUCGAACACCUGUUGCUUCCAUAUCAGACACUAAACGUGGAAGAAAUGGGUCAUCAAUACCCACAUCUUAACGGACUUCCCAUUGAUUCCUAUUACGACGUCCGACCAAGAAUCCUGAUCGGAAUGAAGCACGUGCAAUUCAGCCUUGUUUUGAAGAGCCGAGAAGGAAACAUUGGGGAACCAGUAGCUGUUAAGACACGGUUAGGCUGGACAGUAUGCGGUGGAGAAAACGAGGAAAGCGACGACGUAGGGAACCUAGUCCACUAUACUUUUCACGUGUGUUCGUGUGAGCAGACAAAAGAUGACGAACUGCAUCAGACGGUGAAGAAGCACUUUGCCCUAGAAAGCCUCGGUAUCACAAAACCGGACAAACUUCUCAUCUCCACCGAAGAUCAACGGGCUCAAGAUUUGUUGAAGCAACUGACUUUCUACGAUGGGGAACGAUACACGACUGGACUGCUGUGGCGUCACAACAACGUCCGUCUACCAGACAACUACAGUAUGGCUUUGCGAAGACACCAGUGUUUGGAAAGGCGCCUUGCCAAGGAUCCAGGACUAGCAGAGAUACUGCAUGGAAUGAUUACGGACUACGUCGCCAAAGGAUAUGCCCGAAUGCUUUCGGAAGACGAACUAAAUCGACAGUUUUCUAAAGUGUGGUACCUUCCAGUUUUCCCGGUCAUAAACCCGAACAAGCCAGGCAAGGUGAGGCUGGUUUGGGACUGUGCUGCUUGCUCCUUUGGCGUCUCGUUGAAUUCAGCGCUACUAAAGGGUCCCGAUCAACUUUGUUCGCUGUUGUAUAUACUGCUGCAAUUUCGAGAGAACAGAGUGGGCCUUACAGGUGAUAUACGUGAAAUGUUCCACCAAGUGCGAAUUCAGGACGCAGAUCAGCAAUGCCAACGCUUUCUGUGGUGGAACGAAAAGGGGGAAAUCGUGAUCUAUGUGAUGCAAGUCAUGAUGUUCGGAGCCUGCUGCUCGCCUAGCUGUGCGCAAUAUGUUAAAAAUAUCAAUGCGGAGCGCCAUGCUGAAGACUAUCCGAAGGCUUCCGAAGUGAUCCAGAAGAAACACUACGUGGAUGAUAUGCUCGUCAGCCUAAACUCCGAAGAAGAUGCUGUAAGAACAGCUAAAGAAGUGAAAUACGUCCAUCAGCAAGGAGGGUUUGAGAUCCGCAAUUGGAUCAGUAACUCACCAGCAGUUCUGGAGGCUCUCAAUGAAAAUGGAUUCAACGAGAAGGACAUGGAUUUAUCCCCAGAAAUCAGCACCGAGAAAGUCUUGGGCAUGUGGUGGUGUACUGUUUCAGAUACCUUCACCUACAAGAUUGGAUGGAAACGAUACGACCGCGCUCUUAUGGAGGGUCACAGGCGUCCUACAAAGCGGGAAGUUCUACGAGUGCUCAUGUCAAUCUUUGACCCUCUUGGCCUCAUCGCUCACUUUCUCAUGUUCUUGAAAGUGUUGCUGCAGAAAGUGUGGCGCUCUGGCGUGCAAUGGGAUGAGGAGAUAACCGAUGACGCAUUUACAAAGUGGCAGCACUGGUUAAAGUUAUUGCCGCAAGUAGAACAAGUUCGAGUUCCCAGAUGUUAUAGAUCACUGAUUCUGAACCCUGAAGAUGAAGCAGAGCUCCACAUUUUCGCUGAUGCCAGUGAAGGCGGAAUGUCCGCCGUCGCCUUUCUGCGCUUUGUCAAGAACCAGACCAUCGAGUGUAGAAUCGUUGCAGCAAAGACUAGGGUCGCACCUUUGAAGUUCGUGUCCAUUCCCCGACUGGAGCUACAGGCUGCUGUAGUUGGCGCUAGGCUAGCUCACACGAUAGCGGACGCCCUGUCUUUGAAAAUAUCUAGGAAGUAUUAUUGGACCGAUUCUCGUGACGUACUUUGUUGGCUAAAUGCGGAUCAUCGCCGAUACACGCAAUUUGUUGCAUUCCGUGUCAGCGAAAUUCUGGAGACAACCGAGGCAAAUGAGUGGCGCUGGGUACCAUCUAAAAUGAAUGUUGCAGACGACGGUACCAAGUGGGGCUCCCGGCCCGAUCUUACACCCGAUAGCAGAUGGUUCGUAGGCCCAGAAUUCUUAAGGCAACAAGAGAUGGACUGGCCCCAGCAACCUACUGAAAACCGCUCUACAGAGGAGGAACUUCGUCCCAGUUUCCUUGCCUGUCACGUUCCCUGCGAACCGCUUGUGAAUCCAAGAAACUUUUCUAACUGGAAGCGUAUGCUAAAUGCCACUGCCUUUGUCAUCCGAUUCCCAAGUAACUGUCGCUGCAAACUCCUCAAAAAGCCAACUAUCAGUGGGCCCGCCACGAAGGAUGAACUAGUUUCUGCUGAAGCUCACCUUCUGCGCUCAGCUCAACGCGAUGGGUAUCCAGAAGAGAUUGCCAUCUUGGAGAAAUCACAGCCAUCUCCCGGUAACUCUAGAACAAUACCGAAGCAAAGCAGCUUGUAUCAGUUAACGCCAUGGUUAGAUAGCAGAGGAUUGAUGCGAAUGCGGACAAGAAUUGCAGCUUGUCAAUACGCCACGGAAGAUCUAAAGAAACCAAUCAUCCUACAACGUGACCACCCCACCACAAGCUUAAUAAUUGCGCACUACCACCAAAAAUUCCAUCAUCAAAAUCAUGAAGCAGUGCUCAACGAACUCCGACAGAAAUUCUACAUUCCACGCAUCCGUGCUGCCUAUGCCAAAGAAUUGAUUUCUUUGGACCGUACGAAGUAA